CGUUUCUUUUGGUUUUGAGAUCCUGAAUCUGAAAUCACCAGUAUCCCAUGUAUCCAAAGUAAACGGAAAAAUAUCUAGAUCCUCUUCCGAGCUUGAUAUGUUCUUAUCACUGGAGGGUUGCUCCUCAUAACUUUCUUUUCCUUCAGCAUUUUUGGAAAAGCUCCCUUCUUUAAUAUGGACAUGACUCUUAACUUCUUCUGCAGGGUGUGUCUCCAGAUACUAGAUGGCCCUUCUACUGAAGUUCAAGAAAUCAUAGAGGAAUUCCUUAGGAAGUGGAGAUAUGUUGACGGGAAGUAUUAUACUGUUGCAAGCAUGGAAGCUGAUGUACCUGACAUGGAAGAAUUUAGCAAUCAGAUUUCCCUUGGAGUUGAUACGUACCUGGAAAUUAUUGAGCUCUAUGUCAUAACCUUUUUGGGGAGGAUUCUAGGAAAUUUGGAUCUUGCUAUCUCUUGGGUUGAAAAAUCCCCUCUAACUGAGGAGAAGAGGCAGGAUCGUUUGAGGCAGUUGCACUCCAUGGAUACUUUAAAGCUUGGCAGCUCUGCACAGUCCUCGGCAUCACUGCUCCAAAUGGAUGAAUGUACAACUGAUUCCACUUCCGUGAUUGAAGAAAAAUCAUGCAAUGGAAGA